AUGAAGGUAGUACCGCUAUUCUCUGUGGCUUUGGGCGCAAGCGAAGUGCUGGGCUCGCAGAGCCCUCACCGAAAAGCACCGGCGAAACCAAAGAGGAGCUUCGAAGCUCCAAGAGUGAGUGCCAGGAGUACAUCCAAAUCGACACCUUACUUGACCAACAAGACCAAGGAGUUCGAGGUUGAUGGCAGCAAACUGCCUCAGGUUCCCUUCGACAUUGGCGAGUCAUACGCAGGGACUCUGCCAAUCAGUGACAAUUCGACAGACGAGAACCGGUUGUUUUUCUGGUUCUUCCCAUCCGAGAAUCCCAAAGCGUGUGAUGAGAUCACAAUCUGGCUGAACGGUGGACCUGGGUGUUCGUCUCUAGAUGGCUUGUUCCAAGAGAACGGACCUUUCCUGUGGCAAUCCGGCACUUACAGCCCUGUUCCAAACCCAUAUUCGUGGACGAAUCUGACCAACAUCGUAUACGUGGACCAGCCCAUCGGCACUGGCUUCAGCCCAGCUGCAGAGGGAGCGCCAGGCAAGAUCAUCAAUGAGGAGAUCGUGGCCAAGGACUUCAUGGCUUUCUGGAAGAACUUCAUCGAGACUUUUGAUUUGACUGGACGAAAGGUGUACAUCACGGGAGAAUCAUACGCUGGUCAAUACAUUCCAUAUAUUUCAUACUACAUGCUGGAAGCCAAUAACACCGACUACUACGAUGUCAAAGGCAUCCAAAUCAACGACCCGUCUAUCAACGAGGACGACGUGCUCACCUACGCACCCUCAGUAUGGCACCUGAACCACUACUCCAACAUUUUCGGCCUCAACGAGACUUUCAUGAAGGAGAUCAACGAGCGAGCUGAGAAAUGCGGUUACUUCAAAUGGAUGGAAACAGCACUCACUUUCCCGCCAGACGGUCCACUUCCGGCAGCUCCCAAUGCAUCUGCUCCAGGUUGCGCCGUUUGGGAUGACAUUGUCACAGCGGAAAUCUACGUCAACCCAUGCUUCAACGUCUACCACUUGACCGACUACUGCCCGUUCCUGUGGGACGAGCUCGGAUUCCCAUCCCUCGCCUGGGGCCCGAACAACUACUUCAACCAGUCAGAUGUGCAGAAAGCAAUCCACGCACCACCAACCGACUACGCCAUCUGCGGCGACGACGACCUUGGCCUGAACGUCAAACCCUACGACCGCAGCGUCCCAAGCGCACUCGGGCCUCUGCCUCGCGUCAUUGAGAAGACGAACAACGUCCUCCUCGGACACGGCUGGCUGGACUUCUUGCUCUUCGCCAACGGAUCUCUCGCCACAAUUCAAAACAUGACUUGGAAUGGCAAGCAAGGAUUCCAGAAACGACCUUCUGAUCCCUUUUACGUUCCCUAUCCACAAAAUGACGGAAUGGUCAUCGAUGAGAUUUUGAACCAGCCCGUUCCUCCGAUUCCGUUGUACACGAACUUGGCUGGAGCGGGAAUUUUGGGAACUACGCAUACUGAGCGGGGGUUGACGUUUUGUACGGUCAAUGGGGCGGGCCAUGAAAUUCCACAAUAUGCGCCCGGAGCUGCGUUUCGACAGCUCGAGUUCUUGCUUGGCAGGAUUCCAAGUUUGUCCACUGUUGGGCCUUAUACUACUCAAAUGGGAAGCGAGGGCAAGAAGACUGCUUCAUAG